AUGGUUAAAUAUUAUUCUUGCCUGGAUUCCUGCUGUCAAAGUAGUGCCAUUGCAGGAAAUAGACUUUACUUUCUUGGUAGCGCAUUUCCUGGGCAAACGAGAGAGACUAUUUUUUUAGACGUGACUCUUUCAACGUUAAAUAAGUCAAGUCCAUUAUGGCAUCAAUUAAACUCUCAAUUCCCGGCUAAUUCUGCAUAUGCAAGCGCAUGUGUAGGAGGUCCUAAUAAUAAUACGAUAUAUCUUUUGGAACAUCUUAAUACAACUAAUGGUUUUAGUAAUUAUACUAUAGUAUAUGCCUUUAAUACUGUAAACAUAUCAUGGAGUAUUCCUAAUAUAAGCGGAAUAAUGCCUGCAAGUCGGACACAAUUUCAAGCUACACAAGGCUAUAAUGUUAACGCGCCAACUCCACGUGCUGACUUUACAGCUACACUUUUAAAUAAUGGUCUUAUAAUUUAUAUAGGAGGUAGUGAUGAUAUGUUCAAGAUUCCGAUUUAUAAUACCAAUAAUGACUCAUGGUCUACAACGAUUGCUUAUGGUGAUGUAUUAAGUCCUAGAAGUCGUUUCACUGCUGUAUUAUCGCCGGAUGGGCAUGUUAUAAUCUAUGGUGGAACGGGUCCUACAGAUCAGAAUGAAUUGUUAGCUUCAUUAGACACAACUGUUAAUCCGUAUAUAUGGUCAGCUAAACCUAUGAUUGGUAACAAUGUACCACCCCAACUUGUAUUACAUUCUGCAGCUAUAGUAGAUAACUUUAUGAUCAUAGCAUUUGGUAAUUAUAAAAUUCAUUUAAUUUAUUAUGAAAUUUAG